AUGGAUUUGUGGGCCUUCAGCUUCAGUGAUGAUGUGCGGCUGCAAAUCUUCGAGCACUUGUGGCCGAAGGAAUGGCUCCUGACGUGUCACAAAGUCUGCCGAGCUGCGCGACACUUCUUUUCGCGCCAAGAUGUGCGGGAGAGCCUGAUCAUGGCUCUUUCGGAAGAUGCCUUCGCUCUGACGUCCCCGCUUUGGCGUCUGCUAAGGAGCGCAAUCGCAGCGGACAGCCCGUGCAGCACCAGCAUGUUGAAGCCAGCCUUCCUGGUCAUGGGCAAGCCAGCAGCUCGCACCACAAGCUGCCGUGGCGGAAGGUCGCGGCUCCUGGGCCGCUGCUUCACGGUGUCGGCGCAGAUGGGCCACGUGCGCCUGGUCACCCUGGCGCUGCAGUGCCGGGCCGACAUCGAGCAGAGGAUCAACGGCCAAAGCGCGCUCGACUCGGCGGCACAGGCCGGGCAGGUGGCGAUCGCGGAGGUCCUGCUGCAAGCGCGCGCGGCGGCGGCUCAGACGGCGCAGGGCCGAUGGACUCCGCUGAUGCGCGCCGCACAGGGUGGGCACGUCAGAGUGUGCGAGCUGCUGCUGACGGCCGGGGUUGACCCAGACGAGUGGGCGGAUCGGACGACUGCCUUGGACGUGGCCGUGUCGCUUUGCCACCAUGGCGUUGUCAAGGCUCUUGAAGCCAAGCGCGCCCGGCGAUUCCUCGAAUUGCCGCCGGAUCGGCGGCGCUCCGAGGCCUCGAAGAGCACGAGAAUCACGCUGAUGAGCAAGCAGCGCCCUCCUCGGAGAGCAUCCGGACGGGGCGUCCUCUGGGGCUCCGCCUCUCUGCUGCUGCAGCCGCGAGUUCGGAUUCCUGCGGCCGAUGAAGCUGAAUCCGAUGAGGAAGAAGACGCGGAAGCUUGUAUCCACCACCCAAGAAGCGGAGUUUGGUUGCAUCUGCUGCAGCUUGGCGCGCGUGUGGACGGCGAGUGCCUGAGGCGCCAGGGAGUCGCACCGAGCAGGUCCGCGGACUCGGCGCCCUCCGCGGAGGUGCUGCAGCAGAGGGCGUUAACUUUGGGCGGCUUGCUGGCGCCUUCCUCAGCGGCUCAGGUGGCAUCCUUGCGACGGCCCUACGUGGCACGGAGGCCGUGUGUCCGCGCCCUGGCUGAGGGCGUGGGCAUGUCCUGGGUACAAGAACAUAAGAACAGAGAUGUCGAUGGUGUCGGCACGCUCGCCCUGAGCAACGCAGCCAAAGCCGUUGCGCUUGCCAACUCGAUGGCUGAGAUGCAGGCGGCAUCGAAGCACCUCGCUUUUCAGCCGCAGAUGGCCUCUGAGCAGGCCGAUGAUGUGGAGCGCAGGCUCUGCCGACUGGUGGUGAGGUCAAGGACCCCUCAGCACGGCGAGGAGCCUGAGGACUUCUCCAAGGGUGGCCUCUUUGUACCCACCAGCUCCCCUGAAGCGGAAGGUUCCGCGAAGAAGACAACCCCGACGUCGCUGGCAAGGACCGUGCUGGGACACUGGAUGCGCUACACAGUUCCUGACCUUCGCCAGGCAGCACGCGCGGCGGCUCGAGCGGCCAGCUCCGGUCAGAAGGCCGUAGCGACGGCAUCGUCCACGCCGGGGAGGCAAAAGCCUCCGUUCCUGGUGGCCAUGGGGCCGCCUUCGAUAGCUCUGGGCGUGAAGUCACUUGCCUUCGUCUGUGCGGACGUCCAAAAGGACCACCUGGUGCGUGGCCUCAGACGUCACAAGAGUGCUCGAGGUCUUUGA